CACCCAAGAACAGCAAAGAUUAAGACCAGGGCAGCAAGAAGCACCCCUGGAGUAGUAUAUUCUCUCAGGAGUUUUGAAAAGUGUUCUGAGAGAUCUGAUAAUGCGGUUUUUUCUCAGAUGGCUGUUGGGUUUAUGGCUUUGGAUAAGAAAGAAUGUGCCUUUACCAAGGUUAAUAAUAACGAAAUACGACCAUGACAGCGACUACAGUGACAGUGACGAUGACGAUGUAUGCAGAGUGCCGUAUGAUUCUAGGACAGGAGUCUAUGACGAAGUUGAUCAUGUUAACUCUGACGGAGGCUUAGGCCGAGCGACCCGAAUACUUGAAGUUUCAUUGAGAAGAAAUGAUGAAGAAAAAAUUGUUCGAAUGAAGAAUCCCUACUGCGUUCUCAUAAUCAACAUAAACUUUGAUGGCAAGAUGGGUCCUCGAAAUGGCGGCGAAGCGGAUCGGGAAAAUAUCGAGAGGUUACUCAGUAAUGCUGGAUUUAACACCGUUCAUGUUCAUAAUGACGUUGUACGCAAAGACACCCUGGAAAUCAUGGAUCGUAUCUCAAACUCGCCUGAAAUAGCUGCCCAUGAUGGCCUUCUUGUGUUUAUAUCAAGUCAUGGCAGAAGAAAAGGUAUUUUAACAACGGAUAAGAAGAUUGUCGAAGUCGACGAAAUGACAUCACGGGUGAACGGGAAGCAAUGUGAAGCUCUGCGUGGAAAACCAAAGAUGUUCUUCAUCUCAGCUUGCCGGGGAACGAAGACCGACCGCGGAGUUCCUAUAAAGCAAGGUCCUAUAACCCAUGAUGCAGGUUUCGAUGAGAAAGUCGUACCCAGACUUCCAACACAAGCAGAUUUUUUAGUAUGCUACUCCACUACCCCGGAUCAUAUCUCCCACCGAAGAUUCACCCUAGGGGUGAAAAGUUCCCCGAAAAUGGGAACAUGGUUGAUCAGCGCGCUAACCCGAGUCUUUGAGGAACGAAUGAAAGAUGAAGACGUCAUGGAAAUGUUAACACGUGUUAAUGCAAUCGUUGCCGACAUGUCAAGUCAUGAUGAUCACGUGAACGGUACGAAGCAAAUGCCAGUCCAGAUGUUCAUGUUAAGACAUCGAGUGUAUUUAGGUCAUCCAGAUCGGAUCUCAUAAACAUAACUGGACAUGAUAAUAUCAAUGCAGCGUGGGAUAGAAAGAACUACAUAAGCUCUAUUUUAUUCCAAUAGAUAAAUAUCUCAAGACGUAAUUUCCUGAAUGUACCAGAAUUUAUGGUUAGCAUUAAAGUAUUGCGACAAU